UGUCAGGAAUGGCAGCUAUUCUGGUACACGUGAUGUUACUGUGUUUGACCAACUCUGAGCUGCUCGGGCAGUCGGCAUCUGAGCAAAGACACCAGAGAAGAUUACGGGAGAUCCAGGUAUUUCCAGCUGACGAACUGUCCGACACCUCCUCUCAGGACAUGGUUUCCAUGCACAUGUUCAAACUUUAUGAUAAAUACAACAGGGAGCUCAACCGGCCCAAAGAUGGAAACACCGUUAGAAGUUUUAAAGGAAGCCCAGAAAUUUCAGAGCAGGGAGUCUUGUACCAGUUUAACUUCACUUCAAUCCAGGAGUCGGAGGUAGUGCUGGCUGCCACAGUCCACUUCUUCUUCAACAAACGUCCAAGGCAAAGGAUGUGGCCCUGCAAGCAGCUAAGGGGUCCUUCCUGUCAUCUCCAGCACCUCUAUUUGCUACCUCCUUUCCAGCUCCUGCUGAGGAGCACCCCACGAAAUGGUGCUCCUGGGGUUUUGUUGGGAAACAUCACGCUUAUUCCGCACAGGAGAGGCACAUGGCACAUAAGGGAUAUAUCGCACAUCUUGAAGGAGGCCCGACAGAUGAGUGAGCUUCUGAUCACGGCAGAGUUUGACUUUGGCGAGAGGUACCAAAGGUAUAUAGAGCAGCCCUCAGCCCUCAGUCUCCCAUACGUGUUGGUGUAUGCUGACGACCUUUCAAUUUCGGAGCCGAACAGUGUUGCCAGGACCUUGCAAAGGUAUGACCCAUUUCCAGUGGCUGGGGAACCCAGCCAGUCUCUGAACUUCUCUCCGAAUGCCCGUGUAAAGAGAGACACCUAUGCCUCAGACCCCAUUGAAAACAAUGAACUCCCUGAAGUGGAGUAUAACUCCCUGAACAAACAUGAGAUGUUGGAAAAUACCUAUUUGGCUCUGAAGACCAAGCCAUCCAAAAAGGAGCGCAGGAGGAAGGUUCAGGAGGUCAGGGAUGGACUCAACCAGUCUCCAGUCCUGAGUUUUGAUGAGAAAACUAUGAAGAAAGCCCGGCAAAGACAGAGGGAUGAAUCACGCAUCUGUUCAAGGAGGUACCUGAAGGUGGACUUUGCUGACAUUGGCUGGAGUGAGUGGAUCCUGUUCCCCAAGUCAUUUGAUGCCUACUACUGCUCUGGAACCUGUCAGUUCCCCAUGUCUAAGCUGGUCCGGCCCUCCAACCAUGCUACCAUUCAGAGCAUUGUGAAAGCUGUUGGUAUCGUGCUAGGCGUUCCAGAGCCUUGCUGUGUGGCAGACAAGAUGAACCCGCUGAGUGUGCUCUUCCUGGAUGAGGGCCGCAAUGUGGUGCUCAAGGUUUACCCCAGCAUGUCUGUGGAAACGUGUGCCUGCAGGUAGAUGGGGCAUUCACCAAGAGCUGACCAUCCCCAAGCUAUCUACCUGCCCAUCCCCUGGGGACCAGUAACGGGCCAUGUGGGAGCAUUGUUUUCUAGGCAAAGCUGCCAUGUUCAAUGGAUCGCAUGCAGAACUUAGCAAAGUCACCCACCCUCUGACUGACCCUGUAGCCUUCAUCCCAUAAACAAUGCGUUGUCAGACCCUCUCUUUUCUUUGUGUCCAGACGAGCCUUUCAGCUCAUUGCUGACAUGUUUUUUACAUCUUCUUUUUGCUUUUGGGUACAUUUAACACAGCUUUGUGUAUAUUUUGAGAAUAUGAUUCAAGCUUCUGUUUAGAGUAAUCAAGUAAUGCGCACAUGUAUAAUCAUCAACUUAAUGGUGAGUCUUCUCCUUUUGAAAAUAGGUAUAAAAAAAUUCAUACUUAGGUCAACAUUCUCACAAAAGAGGGUGUAAGUAAAUAUUGGAAAACCAAAUAUAUGUUCCAAGAUUGUCUAAAUUCAAGUGAAAAAAGGAACAUUAUUAAUAAAGCUGGUCAUGUUCACAAUAUGGGAAAGUAAUAUGUUUAAUGAUAAGUAAUGGAAAUUUUCACAGCAAACUUUUUAAUCGAUACCUACAUUAUAAAUUGGGUGAACAGUAUUUGUCAUAAAACACUUUUAACUAGACACCCUUAAAAUGCUGUCUGGCCUUUUUGUUCCAUCAGAUGAUGUGGUAUGAAGCUGAGCUAAAGCUAUGUCCUUAGAUUCACCUGUUAUUA